AUGCGUACGACCCUCACUAAGAGUGCUCAAGCUCUCGUCCAGGCAAACGCGUCGACGCAGGUGUACUCCAGUGGCAUCACCGCUAUCGCACUUCCCGCCUCCUCCCCAGCAUGCCAGGUUGCUGUCUCCAUCAAGGCUGGUGCGGCCAAUGAAACCGCUGCCAACAUUGGCGCUGCCACCUUCACCCGAUACACCCUCGGUCUCUCCAACUACCGAAACACUGCUACUCUCCAGCAGCGAAUGGUCAACUUGAUGGGCGGUGAGUUCGAGACCUUUGGAAACCGAGAGCGAACGGUCGUUUCCAUCUCUGCCGGUCCAAAGGCCAUCGAGGAGCUCGCCACCGAUGUCUUGGUCCCCUCUAUCAACCAGCCUCUCUUCUUGAAAUACGAGAUGUUCCACCCAUGGAGCCAGGCCAAGGCUAACGGAUCCUGCCCAGUUGACAACGCUUUCCACCAGGCUUCCUUCACUGGUGGUCUUUCCAACAACAACGGUUUCACUGGCGGUUACGGUUCCGAGAACCCGCGAAUGCUCGAAGAGCGAGAUGAAAUCCUCGAGAACUUGGCCCGAAACUUCCACCACAGCCACUACGGUACUGAAGACAUGAUCGUCGUUGGCUCCGGCGUCUCUGAGAGCUUCCUCCAGAAGAUCGUUACCCAGCUCCAGGAGAACACCUUCUCCAACAACGCUGGUGUUGCUUCCCAGUUCUAUGCUGGACAGGUCCGCAUCGCUCGACCAGGAGCCUCCGUCGCCGUCGUCGGUAUCAACGCCACUGGCACCGAUUCUGGUGUUGCCGCUGUUGUCGCCGCUGGCCUCGGUGGCAAGGUCAUCAGCUACUCUGGCAACCAGGUCAUCCAGUUUUCUGCUCACUCUCCAGCUGAGCUUUCCACCAAGCUUGGCUCCCUUGCCGCCUUCGAUGCUGCCUCUGCCGUCUCGAGCGCUGCUCUUGCCCAGGCUGUUGCGCUCGGAUCUGGCGACAAGGCUGCCGUCGCCGCUGUUGCCACUGGCCAGGUCUCUGAUGUCUCUGGUGUUAUCGCCGAUGAAGUUAGCGCGUUCGCCGCCGAAGCCGCUGCCUCCGCUAAAUCCUUGUGUGAUGGUCGUUGUGUCAUUUGCGACUCCUAUGUUCGACCGUCGACCCUUGUCCGUAUCUGUGACGAAUGUAACUACGGCUCCUUCCAGGGUCGCUGUGUGAUUUGUGGUGGCCCAGGAAUUUCGGACGCGUACUACUGCCGUGAGUGCACCAAGCUCGAGAAGGACAGAGAUGGUUGCCCAAAGAUUGUCAAUCUUGGCUCGGCGAAGACUGACCUGUUCUACGAAAGGAAGAAGUUCGGCUUUAAAAAGACUUUCUAA